GCUUUACAAAGUAGGCGCGAUCACAAAAGGGGUCACACUUUGAUAUAAAGUGGCCGUUCCAAACUGCGUGUGAUUACACCUUGCGAGGAAAACACAGCAAGGAACUCCUGUGAGGCCUUUCUGACUUGUCGUGGACACACGUAAGGACCGCAGCCAUGAUGAUGCGACCGGGGGCCACCGCCACCUACCGCCCGCCUUUCCCGCUAGAAGGGCAGGGUCGUGUGAACCAGCUCGGGGGAGUCUUCAUCAACGGCCGCCCGCUGCCCAACCACAUUCGGCACAAGAUCGUGGAGAUGGCCGCCGCCGGGAUCCGGCCCUGCGUCAUCAGCCGCCAGCUCCGCGUGUCGCACGGCUGCGUCUCCAAGAUCCUCUGCCGCUACCAGGAGACGGGCUCCAUCAAGCCGGGCGCCAUCGGCGGCAGCAAGCCGCGCGUCGCUACACCCGAGGUGGAGAAGAAGAUCGAGGACUACAAGCGAGACAACCCCGGCAUGUUCAGCUGGGAGAUCCGGGACCGGCUGCUGAAGGACGGGAUGUGCGACCGCAGCACCGUCCCCUCCGUCUCCUCCAUCUCACGCAUUCUCCGCGGAGGGAAGGGCGACGGCCGGCGGAGCGAGGACGGCGACAGCGAGGACGAGCGGAGGGACGGCGAGGACGGCGAGAAGAAACGGUCCCACAGCAUCGACGGCAUCCUGGGCGAGAAGGGCGGCUGUCGAGGUGAAGAUUCCGACUGCGACUCCGAGCCCGACCUGCCGCUGAAGAGGAAGCAGCGCCGCAGCCGCACCACCUUCACUCCGGAGCAGCUGGAGGAGCUGGAGAAGGCGUUCGAGCGCACUCACUACCCGGACAUCUACACACGGGAGGAGCUGGCACAGAGGACCAAGCUGACGGAGGCCAGGGUGCAGGUGUGGUUCAGUAACCGGCGCGCCCGCUGGAGGAAGCAGGCAGGUGCCCAACAGCUGGCCGGCUUCAACCACCUGCUGCCCAUGGGCUACCCCGCCGGAGCCACGGCGCAUGCGUCAGCAGCCUACGUGCCGCUGGCGGACACCAGUUAUCCAAUCACUUCACAAGUAGAAUCGACCACGUUGCACCGGCCGCAGCCCCUUCCCCCGUCCACGGUGCACCAGAGCAUGGCGGCCGACUCCACGUCCUCGUACGGCACGGCAGGGAAGGCGUACCAGUUCACCGGGCUGUCCGACUCCUUCGUCGCCACCGCAGCUAACCACAACACGCUGUCUGGAGGGGUAAGAACGGUGUUGAACAUCCUUGGAAACCCCAGCACGUGUCAGCAAGACUACCCUCUAGCCUCGCUCUCGACCUCCAUGGACUCCACGCAAGCCACCAGCUCAGAAAGCUUCACCGCGCAUGCGUCCACCCACGACAGCUACGCCGCGCAUGCUCAGUCGUACUGCACGCCGCCCAGCUACUCGACCACCGCCCAUCCGUACAGUAUGGACUCCUACCAGUACGGAUCACAAUACCCGUCACAAGGGUCCUGUACCUCGAGCUACGGCAGUACCGGGACGAGUCUGUCCAGUCUGCGGCAGAAGUCGCUGGUCCACCCGCUCGGUAUGAUCCCCGUGGGCAGCGGCACCGGACAGGCGUACUGAGGACGGCAGGUGGACACCACGCAAGCUCGGAGGAAAGGAAAGGCAGCAGCGAGUAAAGGACAAAGUAGAAUCACCAUACCCACAUAAAAAACGAGUGACAUUCCAAAACGUCUACUUAAAAAUAAACGGUAUCCGUGUGUAAAGGUGGAGAAUUUCAAGAGUACAGGUGCGGAAUGUACCGAAAAUAUAUUGUAGGUUGAAAAGAAUCAACAGUAUAGAUAUUGACAUCACCUCAUCACACCCGUAUGCAAAUACUAAGACCAUCAGCUGGUGUGAUCUACACUUACGUACAUAACUGUACAUCACAUGCAUAGACUGUAUUAGUCUGUUUAUAUAUGCAGCAAAGUCUUGCCAAAUCUAUGUGUGUAUGGACAUAGUAAGUCAGUAAAGUGUGGAGUGUACAGUGACAUAGAUAUUGAUCCUAUUCUAAAUGUUUAUGAAUUCGGCCUCAAGUUUUCGUAUAUUCUGUCAUCUGUCUCUAUACGUAGAAUGUAGACAUUCUUUUUUUGCUCAAGUUCAGAAAGAAAAAAAUAGAGAAAAAUAAUUCUAACGUUUUUUUCCUAGUUUGGUUUUUUACUGUAUUUUUCCAUUGUAUGAAAUACGUUAUGCAAGUUUUAGUAGUUCUUUUGUGUGUGACAAGCUAUUUUCCUGUCUGUUUACCAUGUUUAGGGCUACUUAAGUCAGAUAGAUGACUGAUGUGCCAAAUUAUCGUCCCCUUGUACAUAGUUCCCGUGUAAAUAGAGAGUAGUAUAAUACAGGUAUUUAUUCCGACCAGACCCAGUCCGGCGUGUGGCGGGUAGUGCACCACAAUUGUACAGUCUACCCAUGUAAAAUAACAGGUUGUAUAAAGAUGCUUCAAUGGAAAACUGCUCGCAAAACAGCCAGUUUGAAGCGAAGGUGCCAAUUGUAGGUCCUUAGCCGUGCUCCCCUCUGUUUAAGGUCGUGGGAUAACAAGGCGUCGGCGCCACGUUAAUGGGUUAAUGACAGCUGGUUAGCAACUGAUACAAAUCAGAGGGAAAACGGUGGAAGUUUUCCCAUGUGUGUUUGCUACAAUCGUGUGUACGGAUCUUGUGUGCAUUAAAGUUUGGGUCUC